CAGUGAGGAUGUGCGCAGCCAGGUUCAGCGGCUGCCUCAAUGGCUGCGCAGAAGAGGCCGCCUGCGGUGCCGUCGCUCCGGCCAUGGCCUCCAGGAUGCUGGACUGGACCGAGGUCGGGCCCCGCAUCCUCGAAAGCCUGGAGAUGGGCACAGUGAUGACCAUCUUCCACCAGAAAAAGUCCCAGAGGCCCGAGAGGAAAACGUUCCAGAUCAGGGAGGACACCAGGCAGAUAGUGUGGGGCAGGAGUCCGGAUAAAAUGGAAGGAGAAGUUGACAUACGGGAGAUCCGGGAGCUGCGGUUGGGAAAAGGCUCGCGUGACUUUGAGCGGUACCCGGAGGAGGCUCGUAAACUGGACUCGGCCCACUGCUUCAUCGUGUUGUAUGGCCUCGAGUUUCGCCUGCGGACUCUCAGCUUGGCAGCCUACAGUGGAGAGGAAGUCAACAUGUGGAUCACGGGUCUGAACUGGCUGAUGGUCGAUACCCAGAGAGCACCAGCACCGCAGCAAAUAGAAAGGUGGUUGAGGAAACAGUUUGAAGUCAUGGACAGGAACAACGAGGGCUGCAUUACAUUGAAAGAUGUCAAAGCUCUUCUGCCUCAGAUCAACUACAGAGUUCCCAACAUGCGCUUUCUCAAAGACAAACUGCAGGAGGUGGAGGCAAAGAAUGAACUGUUGCACUCCAACUUUGCACAGCUCUACAGGACGCUUAUGUUUGAUGCUCAGAGGAGUAUUAUUGAGCAGCUGGAUCUCUCCUUUCCUCUCCGAAAUGUGGAUCGACCAGAGCUUUGUCAGAUCUCCCUUUACGACUUCCAGAAGUUUCUGCAGAUGGACCAGAGGGAGUCCUGGGCAUCAGAUUUGAGUCGAGUCAGGGAAUUUCUCAUGACCUACAUGAGAGAAGGACCUCAGCCUGAACCAGUGCUGCAGCUGGAUGAGUUCCUUACUUUCCUGUUCUCAAAAGAAAACACUGUGGCAGACCCUCGACUUUCACCAGUUGUCCCUGAUGACAUGAAAAGGCCGCUGUCACAGUACUGGAUCUCCUCUUCACACAACACGUACCUGACAGGUGAUCAGUUUUCGAGUGAGUCAUCUCUAGAAGCCUACGCUCGUUGUCUUAGAAUGGGCUGCCGCUGCAUUGAACUGGACUGCUGGGAUGGACCAGAUGAUCUGCCAAUCAUCUACCAUGGCCACACUUUAACCUCCAAGAUCAAAUUCCUGGAUGUGCUGCACACCAUCAAAGAACACGCCUUUGUCACAUCCGAGUAUCCUGUGAUAUUAUCUAUUGAGGACCACUGCAGCGUGGUCCAGCAGAGGAACAUGGCAACACACUUCAAGAAGGUGUUUGGAGAGCUGCUGCUCACAAAGCCAGUUGACAAUAACGCGGACGAGCUUCCUUCACCCUACCAGCUCCGUAGGAAGAUCCUCAUCAAGCACAAAAAGCUGGUGGAAGGAACCCUGUAUGAAGAGGUGACUUCAGCUAGCUACUCUGAAAACGACAUCAGCAACUCACUGAGGAAUGGCAUCCUUUACCUCGAGGACCCCAUCGACCAUACUUGGACACCACAUUAUUUUGUCUUGACCAGCAAUAAGAUUUACUACUCAGAGGAGACAUCUCGCUACCAAACAGCUGAUGAAGAAGAAGAAGAUAUGUUAAAGGAGGAGUGUAACAAUAACGAGCAGCAUUGUGCAGAGCGCUGGUUUCAUGGGAAGCUGGGAGGAGGUCGCGACGGUCGGCAGGUUGCAGAGAAGCUGCUCCAGGAGUACUGUGAAGGCGGGGGUAAAGACGGCACCUUCCUGGUGCGAGAGAGCGAGACAUUUGUCGGAGACUACACCCUGUCCUUCUGGCGUUCUGGUCGGGUGCAGCACUGCAGGAUCCACUCACGUCAGGAGUCUGGGUCCACCCGAUUCUACCUGACAGACAACCUUGUGUUCGACAGCCUCUACCAUCUCAUCUGUCACUACAGAGAGGUGCCGCUGCGCUGCAAUGAGUUUGAAAUGAGACUGGAAAAUCCCGUGCCGCAACCCAAUGCACACGAGAGCAGAGAAUGGUACCACUCCAACCUGUCCCGUGUUCAAGCUGAACACAUGUUGAUGCGUGUUCCCCGAGACGGAGCUUUCUUGGUGCGAAAACGCAGUGAGCACAACUCCUAUGCCAUCUCCUUUAGGGCGGAGGGUAAGAUCAAACACUGUCGCAUCCAGCAGGAUGGUCGUCUCUUCAUGUUGGGGGGUUCGGCAGAGUUUGAAAGUUUGGUGGAUCUAGUCUGUUAUUAUGAGAAACAUCCUCUGUACCGUAAGAUGAAGCUCCGCUACCCAAUAAAUGAAGACACUUUGGACCGAAUGGGCACCGUGGAGCUUGACUAUGGAGCACUGUAUGAGGCCAGAACUCCUCAUUUUUAUGUAGAGGCCAACAAGAUGCCCACAGCGCGGUGUACAGUCAAAGCUCUGUAUGACUACCGAGCACAGAGAGAAGAUGAGCUUUGUUUCCCCAAACAAGCGCUCAUCCUGAAUGUGGACAAGCAGGAGGGCGGCUGGUGGCGAGGCGACUACGGAGGAAAGAAGCAGCUGUGGUUUCCUGCAAACUACGUGGAGGAGGUUUCCAACUCUCCUACUAGAGAAAUGGAUGAUGCAUCUACAGAGAAUAGUCCUCUGGGUAAUCUCCUGAAAGGCUUCAUCGAUGUGCCGACAUGCCACGUUGCUGUGCAUAAAGACGGGAAGAACUCCCGGCCUUUUGUGUUUACCAUCCACUCGCAGCACCUGAGCUCUCACCCAGUCCAGAGUCUGGACGUGGCAGCGGAGAGUCUGGAAGAUCUCACCUGCUGGGUCAACAAAAUCAGAGAAGCUGCACAAAAUGCUGAUGCACGGAUGCAGGAGGAGAAACAAAUGGAAAGGAGGAAAAAGAUUGCUGUUGAACUGUCUGAUCUUGUGGUUUACUGCCGGCCAGUACCGUUCAACGAAGACAAAAUCGGGACCGAGCGUGCCUGUUAUCGGGACAUGUCUUCCUUUCCGGAGACCAAAGCGGAGAAAUUUGCAACUCGUGCCAGAGGAAAGCGCUUCCUGCAGUACAACCGCCGGCAGCUGUCCAGAGUUUAUCCCAGAGGCCAGAGACUGGACUCCUCCAACUACGACCCACUUCCUAUGUGGCUCUGUGGCUCCCAGCUGGUUGCUCUCAAUUUCCAAACUCCAGAUAAGCCUAUGCAGCUGAACCAGGCCUUGUUCCUGCUUGGAGGCAGCAGUGGCUUCGUCCCCCAACCUGACAUCAUGAGAGACGAUAUGUUUGAUCCUUUUGACAAGGACACACUUCACAUUGAGCCAAUCACCCUCCAGCUACAGGUUCUGGGAGCACGGCAUCUGCCGAAAAAUGGCCGCAGCAUCGUUUGUCCCUUUGUGGAGGUGGAGAUCUGUGGAGCCGACUAUGAUGGCUUUAAGUGCAAGACUGACGUCGUAGCUGAUAACGGUCUGAAUCCUGUGUGGGUGCAGAGGCAGUUUGUGUUCGACAUCCACAACCCCACCUUCUCCUUCCUGCGCUUCACCGUUUUCGAAGAGGACAUGUUCAGUGAUCCCAACUUCUUGGCACAAGCCACGUAUCCGGUCCGUCUGCUGCGGACAGGCUACAGGAGUGUUCCUCUGAAGAACAGCUACAGUGAGGAGCUGGAGCUGGCCUCACUUCUGGUUCACAUUGAGAUCUACAAUGCAAAGGAAGAAGACGACGAGAACAUGUACACAUCCAUUGAGAGGCUGAGGGAUCGGACCAGUGAGUUGUCCACCAGGGUUUCUCUCCUGGAGAGGUCGGGAUCUGCAGAUCUGAGCUACCAGCAGAGUGUGGAGGAGCUCAGGGCAACUCAGGACCAGCUGAGUGAGCUGGUGGAAGCUCGUAACCACCGGUUGAUGGAGAAGAAGAGGAGAGAGAAACUGAGGCAGCAGUUUGCAGCCAAGCGCAGUUAACCACUCCGACCACCAGAGAGCGCUAGCCCACGGACACAGUGCCUGGCAUGCUGUGUAGCAGCUGCCUCUACAGAAGCGACAUGCAAUCUGAAACUGAAAGAGAAAGCAAAGUGGGACAUAUUAAAGCACUUAUAGUGAAAAUAUUACAAACAAACAUCUCAUGGACUAAAGACAUAAAACUAAGCUAUAAAACAAUCAGGAUUUAAGCUGAAACACAUUUAGAGCAAACUGUGGGAGCUACUUCUAAAGGGUUGAUGAAAACAGCUAACACGUGGACAGAAGUGUGUUUUUCAUUGAAGAGUUUGACUCACAUAAAAGGUUUUAGUUUUCAACUAAGUGAAUAUGAAAUAUUACAUUUGCUCUUACCGUGUAUCAGAGUUUACAAUUAAAAACCAGAUGAAAGGGAGAAGAAAACUCAGGUCACACACAAAAAGUGAAUAAAAAGUUGAUAUAUGGAUGUAAAAAAGGAGCUGUUGGCACAUGUAGCAAAGAGGAAAUAUCCUGUAUGUGCCUUGUUGUCAAACUUUGUAAAGUUGGCUCGAAAGUUGAACUGGAAAUUUUUCCUAUAUGGGAAACAUAAAAAAACUGAAGAAGGAAUGCACUCUUCUGGCUCAGACCACUAAUCAGGAAGGAAUCUAAAGACUGAAGUCUCCUUAUGGAGUCUUUUUGGGGCAAUAACGUGAACAAGGCCUUCGGAAGAGCACAAAAUGUCAAAUCCUCAUCGAAACACAUGAGGUCAUCUUCUAGUACAUGUAAGGGCUCUAUAAUAAUUCAUGCUACCUUCAAAGAAAGGGCGCCCCUGGAUGUCAACCAUUACACACAAGUCAAAUAAGGGCUAUGACAGAAAACUAGCAGAGCGCUUGUUUUUGAUUUGUUCUAGGGUUUUUAUCCCCGUUUUCUCAACACAUCUAAUAAACCCGGUUGGAUCAGCCUCCAUCAUCUGAGUCUAAUCAAAAGAUGUGGAUGAGCUGGUCCUGCAAAAGCAGGUUUGAUUACUGCAUGGCUUCCUGUCUGACCCACUGAUCAGGAGCUACUUUUCUCUAGACUAACUGAUCAUUGUGUACAUAACUUAUUUUAGGUGAAAGAACAUAUUACAAGAAGGAUGCUCUCUGUAACUUUAUGGUAAAAUUAAUAUUGUGUAACUGGAGCUCCCUUUAAAAAGAUGUUUCCUUAGAUAAAAUCCUCUCUUUCCUCCCUGCAGUGCAUUGCACUGUGCUGGGACUUCUAUGCAAAAGUCAUCUUCUUGGCCUACAGCCUUUGUGUUUUAGAAAACCUGACUCCAGUUGUGUUUUCUUUCUCUGUACCUAUGCUUACUGUCCAGUAUUAAUACUCUGUAUUACAAGUUCUGUGCAAGUUUCCAGUUAAUAAAUCUCUUUAUGUAUA